AUGUUAUGUUGUUUUGUCCUCCUUGUGCUCCUCAUCCGCCUCUGGUCAAAAAAUGGCGGGCAUCCUUUGGUCAACACCACUAUUUCAGAUUGGAUUUCUCUACCCUCGCCAGCAGAAGUGAAGCCAUCCGACCGUGUGCCUAGACUCAACACGUCGUGGCAUGAGCAGAUCGAGCUGGAGAUGACAAUGGAAAAGGCCAACCUCAGCCGUGGAGACAACACAUGGCCACUGCCGUACCUUGUGCCCUUGCUGGUACACUUCAUGUCGGUUGUGCCUCCCGAAUGGUCUUUCCGGUUCAUGGGAUCCGCCGAGUCCCUCGCCAUGAUGCAAUCGAACCCGACGAUACGCCGCUACAUCACGCGGAAAAAGCUGUUCAUAGACUUGAUCCCCUACGACGUUGUGAAGGAUAUCAACAGCUACGGAACGGUCAACCGCCUUCUGACGACGCCGUGGCUCUACGAAGAGUGGCUCUGGCCCGCAGAGUGGCUGUUCCUCUUCCAGGACGACAGCAUGAUCUGUUCAGCCUCGAGCAUGACGCUCAACGACUUCGUGGACGAGGACUGGCCCACGGCGCCGAACGGGGUCAACGGCGGCUUCUCCCUGCGCAAGGUGCCGCACUUGAUCCAGAUGCUGCACACACGAUCUUUUGAGGAUUUCGUCGCGGAUGGAAACCCCGCAGCCGAGGACCACUAUUUCUCGACGUCAAUGUGGAAAUUGCCCGGGACAAAAGUGCCGGUUGGAACCGAGGCAAUCAGGUUCGGGGUGGUCAUUCAAUACUCGCCGAAUGACACUGAGAUGCCGCUUGGGUUCCACCCCUUCUCGUCGCAUGGGCUUUUCAGGGGCGCCGAGGGCCAGGCGAAUCAGGACAAGGCAUAUAAGUACUGCCCGGAGUUGGGCAUCAUUGCUCUGGGCCGCUGGGACUCUGCCGCCGCCAAGAUGGCUGUCCCCUGCGCCUGGGCACGCGGCAUGAACUUGUAUGGCAUCGCGGCUAUUCCCUGGUUUCCGUCUGAAGUGCUGAAACUCGCGACGUCUGAUGUACAGCAACCCCUGAAGAAAUCACCAGUAGACACUAACACUAUCGCUAUGAAACCGGCAGAUGAUUUGCUAACAAGCUCACAAGCCCUGCGCCACGAUGCUGGGAAUCUUUCGGACGACACAGUCGCACUCUGUCAGGACAGGCCGUUGGAGUAA